UAAGUUUUCGAUGAUCGUCGUUAUGUUGCUGUUUAGACGAAAUAUUUCUCGUGGCAAUCGCAGAUAACCCCAGUCCAAGAAAAAGGAAACGAAUACAGAACAAUGUCGACAACAAACUUCAGUAGAGGUGGAACACAAGCGAUAACAAUUCAAGAAUUACAUUGCUCCCCCCUUCUGGUGGGUGUGCUUCAAAAAGAAUUUGAAAUUUAUUUCUUAGCAAUCUACAUUCUCCUUUCCAUCACAGCAUCUCUUGGGAACUUUCUUAUCCUCUUUGCCCUUCAAAAAGAAUCUUCCCUUCAUCCGCCGUCCAAACUCUUGUAUCGUUGUCUGGCAACAACUGAUCUUUUGGUUGGUCUCGUCAGCCAGCCUCUCUACGCUAUUUACUGGAUGUCCGUGGGCCAGGAACACUGGAGUCUUUGUCGAUACGCGUUUGACGCAGCCUACAUCACAGCCUAUGCAUUAUGUGGAGUGUCUUUGAUGACAAUAACGGCCAUAAGCGUGGACAGGCUCCUCGCCCUGCUGUUAAGGCUAAGAUACAGAGAAAUUGUAACUUUGAAGCGCACAUACAUCAUCGUAGUUACCUUUUGGAUUGUAUCUAGUGUCGCUGCUUUAUGCUACACAUUAGAUUACCGUAUAACCAUUUGGUAUGGCCAUGUAGCUAUACCAUCUUGCCUUGUUAUUUCAGUGGCCUCGUAUAUAAAAAUUUUUCGGGGUCUCAGUCAUCAUCAGGCUCAAGUACAAGAUCAUAUCCAACAACAGCCGAGCCAAUCAAAUGCACUGAACAUGGUGCGAUACAAAAAGGGAUUGUACAGCGCUCUGUGGGUGCAGUUAGUAUUAGUAGUUUGUUAUGCACUAUACUCUAUAAUGGCAAUUGUAAUCGAUCGCCGUAAAACACAUUCAUCACACUUGAUGGUAAUAUGGGAAGUAGCAGUUCUCUCAGUUUACUUUAACUCGACAUUAAACCCGUUUCUUUACUGCUGGAAGAUUAGUGAAAUAAGACAAGCGGUAAAACAGACUAUUAGAGAAGCACUAUGCUGAAGUUAGAAAUAAUAAUAUGUGAUUGCACGAGCAGUUAUCGCGCAUAGAAAAGUUCAAUGUACU